AUGAUUAACGAACAAGCACAUUUCAUCCUGUUUGACUUCUCGAAAGCGAUAACGCCCAGGCCAGGAGCACCGGAAGGGGAAAACAUUUUGACCGGUGCAAGUGCAGCAAGUGCAAAUCUUCAUGAGAUCGGUCAAAAAAACACAAAUAAGAUUUUUAUAUUGGCCCUUUGGAGUCUCAUUGAUGAGUGUCUUCGAGCUCAUAGAUGGAGUACCAUAAAAAGUGAUGAUAGAAAUGGAGGUGAUGCAAUGAACAAUCUGGAAAAUUAUAAUGUCACGACUGGAAGUGGGCUAUGGGCCAGGCGCAGACGGGACGUGGCUACCGCU